GACGGGGCGCGGGCGGGCGCUCGGCCGCCGCCAUGAACAGCGUGGGCGAGGCUUGCACCGAGCUGAAGCGCGAGUACGACCAGUGCUUCAACCGCUGGUUCGCCGAGAAGUUCCUCAAGGGCGAGAGCGCCGGGGACCCCUGCGGGCAGCUCUUCAAGCGCUACCAGCUCUGCGUGCAGAAAGCAAUCAAGGAAAAGGACAUACCCAUUGAAGGCCUGGAGUUCAUGGGCCCAAGCAAAGGGAAAACUGAAAACUCCUCUUGACCUCAACUGUAUGGAUGGAGUCGCUAAUAUGAGCCUUUGGACUAAGCAACAUCACCAGGCAUAAGACUAGAUGCCACCCGGAUAAGACCUUUGUUAAGCUGCUUUCUAGGAAGCGAGGAAUCUUCUCCGCUUGUGAAAACAAACAGCCACAAAAAAAAAAAAGAAAGAAAAAGGCCGGAUCAUGUGGUAACUACUGCCUCCUUUUCAAUGAAUUUUGGUGGUGGUUCAGCAUCUAACAGCGUGAAAAGCCGUUUGAACUAACUUCCUAUUGAAUGUACUCUAUAAUGGGAGAAUACUUAUUACUAGAGUGGGCUGAGAGAGUAGUUGCUUUGUGACCAGUUUCUCUUGCUUAUUUAUAUAACACUUGAAAGUGUUUAAAAAGAGUAUGAAGGAGGUUGAUUUAUUUUGUCUCAUCCCUAUGCUGCUGAAUUUUGGUGGAAGAAGUUUGUUUUAUAUGAUCCGGAAUGCUGAGGGGCUAAAGCAUUGUUUUGUAUCAGCAGCAGAGAUGGUAUAAAAGCACUCUAUUGGACCUGCAGUAACUUAGCUAAAAUAAAUAUAACCAGGUUAUAUUUUGUUCAAGUAGAUAACUGUCCAGUAGAAUCUGAUUGUGACCUCUAGGAGGGACGGAGACGGCCUGCAACAGAAGCUGGACACUUUUAAUGCAGAGGCUACUUCUUCAACCUUUUCUGAGGUACUGAAACAAUCCUGAACUUGAAUUCUCUCUCUUUUAGCAUUGUGCAUUCCUGCAGCAAAACUGCAUCGCAGCCCUGGCCGUCCUUUUCCACACUACCACAAAGCACCAGGCUGGCCAUGAUGACUGUUAGACUUUUGCUUGUGGUAGUUAAGGCGUGCGUUGAAUGAGGGAAACAUGGGGUUGAAGCUUGACAGCUGAUAAUGUUAAAAGCCCCAGCUGCCGCCUGGGGAUCUUGCCUGCUCGUGAAGCUGCUCCUGAACCAUGUGUACUUUACGCCUAGGAGAGCAAACGAAAGUUAUUUACGCUGGCUUGUGAACUGCAGAAAUGCUUGCAGCAACUAGAAAAAGGGGGGUUGGAAGAGAAGCAAGGGAUCAGGAUCCGUCCCGUCCAGUGGCCCUGUGAGCACUGUGGCAGGGGAGGAGAUUUCUGUUGAUCCUCAUACAGAGAUGGGCAAAAGCUGUCCCUUCUCAUGACACCAACACAGGUGAAAGAGUAAAAAAUAUUAUGGCCUGGGGACAAAAGAGAAGUCAACUUCCUAAUUCUCCUAGAAUUACAGUGAGGAAAAAAGCGAGCUUCACUCUCUCAGCUUUUAAGCACUACCUGAAGGAUUGUUCAGAGGUUUUACUUUUUUAAAAAAAGUUGUUCCCAAACAUACAGCCGGCUUGUCUGCACUGCAGCUCCUCAGUAACGCCCCCAGACACUGAGAGUACUGUGGGACAUGUGCAGAAGAUCAGGAACGGCAGCAGGCGGGGGCCGUCGUUCCCUGUGUCUUCAGCGAUGGCCUGAACACGUCAGCUGGAGCGCAGUCAGGUAGCCUGGGUUAGCCACGCUCCUUUUCUCAGGCGCGUGAGACAGGUAGUGCAGCGUUGGUACAGGGAUUAAAUGUAGCACUUAAAAAACAAGCUCUUGACACUUAAACUGCUGGGUCACUCAGGUAUAAAUAAAAAUAGUAAGUUAAGGGAAAGGUCUUUCUGAGAGCACCGUAAAUAGUAUGUUGGGGACUGUCAAGUAUGUGGCUUUUUUUUUUUUUUAAGGAAUAACACGUACAACCAGUUUGCUUUUCUAUGAUCUUCAUGUAGGAAUAAAUGUAGCGCGAUUUUGUUGGUUAGCUUGAACACUACUGUGUCCAUUAGUGCCUUGUUCUGUGCUUUUAACACAGAAAAGCUUGUCUUAGCAGUCAUUUUACUAGUAUGUGGAUGAAAUAAAUUGCAUUGAAAUGGGGGGGUGUCCCGCAGUGCCCACUUUGAGAUUGUCACUUGCCGUCCAUCACUCCUUUCAGCAGCAAGAUGUCAAGUCAGCUGCUGCAUUCUUCCUUUGGGGAAAAACAGUAUUAAUGGCAGCUAAGACAUAGCUCUCUCUUUCAUACCAUGCAAAAAAAUAUAGAAGUUGCAGAAGGAAUUGGAAAAUAGUCAACUUGCAGAGAAGAAAAGCUUCAAAAUUAAUAUUGUACUGGAACAGACUCAGGGUUAGAAUCGGCUGUUAACUAUGGAAGGUAAUUAAGCUUUUCUAGGUGAAGAAGCUUCUGAGUCACACAGUAUACAUUAUACAGACGUAUGCAGUGGAGCAAAAACGGUGUUUUCGUUUGUAACGCCUGUAUGAGACUUUGUACAACCAGACCGCAGCUUUAUGAAAAGCAGAGUUGUGAGCAACAUACGUGCUGAUAUACUAGAACAUUUGAGAGCUGAAGAUUAACGUUGUGAAGGUGCACAGAGCUUAAUUAAACAUCUUUGCUGCCACUCCCUCUCCCAGAAGGCGCUAAGAGAAAAUUGCCUUCAUGACUGUUAAUAAAUACUGCAAUAGCUG